GAGCCCCGGCCAGCCCAGGGCAGCCGCCCGAGGAGCCGGAGGGUGCUGGGAGUGCCCCUGGAGCUGCUCGGGGACAUCCCGGCCUGGGACCAGCUGAGAGACGGGACUCGCCCCCCGCGUUCUGAUCUUCUAGAUAUUAUUGGAAUGUGAUACAGAGAAAAAUGUUCUCUUCUAACGACUCAGUUGUGGACUUCUAAUCAGCCUUGGAUUUCUGGGAAUGCUACAAUAUGGCUUCAGUUGGGAAUGAGAUAGAAAGGUGGACUCACAGGCAAGGGGGCAGAAGUGGGGAGCUGGCAGAGCCUGUGAUCUCCCCUGACAAUGCUCAUCGUCUGUCGCCAGUGAUGUCGAUGGGCAGCACGGACCAUGCCCUGCACCUCCCUGGGAGGGCAGACUCUGCCUACAGCUCCUUCUCAGGGGGCUCCAACGUGCCAGAGUGUCCCACCCGCCCCUGCUGUGGGGAAUGUUGUCCUUUGCCCCCGGAGCAGGCACCGUACAUGGACUCGGAGUACGUCAGGGGAAUUUAUACUCUCAGUGCUGCCCCCUCUGACCUCAGGUCCCUGCAGCCACACAAGGCACCAGCCCCGAGCAUCCAUCCCAGCUCUCCCAGCCUCCCUGACCGCUGUGGAGCUGAUCCCACCAGAGGGACUUUAACUCAGGGACCUCCACCUUCCCCUCCCACACGACUCGACAGCUACAACAUCACCAGACAGCGGGACAAUUCCAGAGGAGGACACAGUGGGUGUAAGGUGCAGCCAGCUCCUGGAGUGCAGGACAGUCAGCUGGCACACAGGGAUGUGCCAGGGAGCCAACACUGGGAUGAACUCACAGAGCGAGACAUCAGACCUGCCGGGGAAAAGACUCUGGAAAACAAGGGCCUUUCUUCUGAUUCUACAAAUGAGGCAUCUGUAUCAAACAUUCAGGGGUUAAAGGCAGGGGGAAAUGGAGAGUGGAGCCCACCCCAACAACCUACAAAGAGAAGCAGUCCACACAUUUGCAGCAGACCUUCUUCAUUCAUUUUUCAAGAAUAUUUAAAGACAGACUCUGUGGCAGAUGUGCCCAAAAUACUUUCUGCUUAUAAUUCAGUUCAUGGUUAUAAAAUUCCCACCGAGAUGAACUCCAAGUCCUACCACCCAGCACAUUCCAACCCCAACGCUGUUAAUGAUACACAGGAAGUCAAACAGUGUCCCUGUGGGGUGCAGAAUCCAACUGCCAAAGCAGCUCUGCCAAGCACUGUGCCAGGACCCAGCCAGAAAAAGGGGCCCUUGCCCCAUGCUCAGGACCUGCCCUGUGCAGAGUGGCAUCCAGACAUGGACCAGGAUGUGUUUGAGGACAGCUGUGACUUACAAUAUAUGGAGAAUGCUCUCCCAAUAAAAAAUGCUUCCAGGAAGCUGAACAGUUGUACAGACAAAAAUCAGUGCUAUGAUUCGGAAGGGAAAACUGGGAGAGGUGUCAGGGAGCCAGUCCUGGAUCAGCAAGCCAGAGUGCAGAGGUCACUGGGGUGCUGCAGCUGCGAGGCUGUGGGAGCAGAGCACCCUCAGCACAAGGGGCUGGAUCAGGGAAGGAAGCAGAGCUGUGAUACCAGCAACCAAAUGGCUUUUUUCAGACCAAAGGAAGAUUCCACAUCUCGCUUAGUACGUGAAUCCCAGGAAGGAAAACAGGAUAAUAACAGCAAUCCCAACCUCAGCACGUGCCUGGAACAAGAGGAUCCUCCUGUUCAGAAACACCACCCUGGAUUUCAAACCCAGCUCUCCAGACAGCUUUGGGAGGACCGUGCUGGUGAACAGAUAACCAGGCAGAUGACCCCCAUGCUUUACUACCUUUCUGGGGGGACACCCAGCAGUGUCCCACAGCCCACCAAGCUCUCCCACAGCCAGGAGGACUCCAGGAGGUCACUGAGGGAAAUCCCUUCAGGCGGCUGUGCUGCCUCAGCACAGGGUGUGGAGAAGCCAAGGGAGAGCCCUCAGUGUGCAGGGCCCAGCCAGCACCCCUGGGGCAGUGCUGAGCUCCAGAGCCCGGAUCCCACCCUCGGGGGCCCUGCCUCAUUCACAGAGGAGAGCUUCCAGAAUGACUACAGAGAGAAACUUAAAGUGGCUCAGAAAAAGGUUCUUAGAGAAACCUCCUUUAAGAGAAAAGACUUACAGAUGAGUUUGCCUGUCAGACUGAGACAGAAACCCUCUCAAAGGCCGUCAAUUGAACACCUUCGGUCUUUCUCGUUAUCCAGUGCAAACGAGGAUCCCAAACCUGUUCUUUGCUCCCCUUCUCAUCUAGAAUCCCUGGAAAGUUUCAAUAAAGAUGAAGAAAUACAGAAGCCACAAGCAGGUCGAGUAGGGGCAAGGAAAAGGGUAACCAAAGAGGAAAAGAAACUGUGCUAUUCUGAGCCUGAGAAGCUCGAUCAACUAAUGGAUAAGGAAGCAUCUUGGAGUCAAGUUAGGGAUGAAAUCAUUGAGCAAGAUAUAGUGGCAGCCAGGAGAAGGGCUCUGGAGAAUGGAGAAAGGGCACUUUCCAGUUCCAGCAUCUCCAGGACAGAGCUGAAACAAAUCCAGCACACUGCACUGAUGGAAUACAUGGAGCGAAAGAUCAGCCAAAGGCCAGGGGGUUCACAGCACCUCCCACUGCAUAAGCCACCCCUGCAGAAGAGGCUGUCACAUCCCAAAGGGCCUCCUGGCAAGAUUUCCAACCCAAGUGGGAGCGGGAAGAUGCAAAAUGAUGAGGUUUUCCACCAAGUUUUCCCCAGAGAAAAAUUGCCCGAUGUUUUUCCUGCCUUGGCUCUCGCAGCCCCGCCAGGUGUGAGCAGCAGGGCUGACCCCAGCCGGGCUGAUCCCUGCAAGGCUGACCCCAACAGGGCUGACCCCAACAGGGCUGACCCCAGCAGGGCUGACCCAAACAGGGCUGAUCCCUGCAGGGUUGACCCCAACAGGGCUGACCCCAGCAGGGCUGACCCCAGCGGGGCUGACCCCAACAGGGCUGACCCCUGCAAGGCUGACCUCAGCAGGGCUGCCCCAGCCGGGCUGACCCCCAGCAGGGCUGACCCAGCGGGGCUGACCUCAGCCGGGCUGACCCCAGCCGGGCUGACCCCAACAGGGCUGACCCCAGCAGAGCACACGGGACCUGCACCAGCACCUGUCCUGCAGCUGAAAGGCUCCCACAGGCAGGUGAUCCUGCAUCAGGAAGAGCUCCUGACAGAUCAAAAUCUGCUCCUCCUUCCCCUCGGGUAA